UUGGUAUUAACACAAAGACCGGGGAGUGAAAUGGAAUUGUGCAGAAGACCCAACCCGGAACAAAAACCCUAGUUGCCCAGCCGUCUUCUAUAUAGAUCCCCAAAACCCUAAGUCGCAUGUUAGUUUUUCCUUCGGCUGUCGAAAAUGUCGAAGAGAGGACGUGGAGGAUCAGCGGGUAACAAGUUCAGGAUGUCACUGGGUCUGCCAGUUGCGGCCACAGUGAACUGCGCCGAUAACACUGGUGCUAAGAACCUUUACAUAAUCUCGGUGAAGGGAAUCAAGGGCCGCUUGAACCGCUUGCCCUCUGCUUGUGUAGGGGAUAUGGUGAUGGCCACUGUUAAGAAAGGAAAGCCCGAUCUCAGGAAGAAGGUCAUGCCCGCUGUCAUUGUUAGGCAACGCAAGCCAUGGCGUAGAAAGGAUGGUGUCUAUAUGUAUUUUGAAGAUAAUGCUGGAGUUAUCGUGAAUCCUAAAGGUGAAAUGAAAGGAUCUGCAAUCACUGGUCCAAUUGGAAAGGAAUGUGCUGACCUCUGGCCAAGGAUUGCAAGCGCAGCAAACGCCAUAGUAUAAGUAUCUACUACUAUUUGUUUCCUGUUUUUGGAUCGAAAUUGUUACCUGUAUCGUUAGGCAAUAUUUUUGAAACAUGAGCGAAUUGUUUGAGGACUUUAUGUGGCAUUGUAAUGAUCUUAAUCUUUAUCGACUUGAAAGGUUGACGUUGAUGCA